CUUUCACUCCGACAUCUUGACGGUGGGACAUCAUGCCUCCUAAGGACGCCAAGGGGAAGGGGAAGGAUUCUGGCAAGUCCAAAAAGGACAAGGAUCCAGCCAAUAAAUCUGGAGGCAAAGCCAAAAAGAAGAAGUGGUCCAAGGGAAAGGUGAGAGAUAAGCUUAACAACCUGGUCCUAUUCGACAAGGCCACUUAUGAGAAGUUGAACAAGGAAGUGCCCAACUACAAGCUCAUCACACCAGCUGUUGUGUCUGAGAGGCUAAAAAUCAGAGGCUCUCUGGCCAGGGCUGCCCUCCAGGAACUACUCAACAAAGGCAUGAUCAAGUUGGUGUCGAAACACAGAGCUCAGGUGAUCUACACACGUAACACCAAGGGUCCUGAUGAGGAGGGUGGUGUUGUGGUUCCAGACAAGCCUGAGAAGGCAGAGAAGCCUGAAAAGGCGGCAAAGGCAGAGAAGGCAUAAACAGGUUAUGCUGUUUUGAUUCUUGUCCAGCUGUUUUAUGUAAGGUGAAUAAAGUUUUG